AUGUGUGGCUGCUGCGACGGCUUCUGGGACAAGGUCAAGGACUGGCUCAUCUGUCUGGCCAUCGUCAUCGGCCUUAUCAUCGUGACUGGCGUCGUCCUCAUCAUCGUCAUCUUUGGCGGGCCCCUCCGCCAUGUCAAGAUCAGCGUCGAGGACGCGUCGCUCACCCGGUUCGCUCUGGUGACCACGCCCACGACGGCGCUGGCCUACAACCUCACGCUGGCGCUGACGGUCCGCAACCCGAACUGGGCCAUCGGCAUCAAGCACAACAAGCCGCUGGAGGCCGCGUACAGCUUCGACGGGCAGCCGUUCGAGCGCGUGCAGGUCGCCGACAAGGGCGAGAAGCUGGGCCCCCGGAAGACGGUGGUGUACCACCUGGCCUCGAGCUCCGAGGGCCGGGGCGUGGCGCUCGGCAACGCCGGCGAGGCCGAGUUCAGGAAGGAGAACGCCACGGGGGUGUUCCAGGUGGAGGUGGCCGUCACGGGCAAGUUCAAGUACACGCUGCGCAAGACCAAGUGCAAGAUCGAGGCCACCUGCCCGCUCAAGCUGCAGCUCGCCGCGCCGGGGGCCGCGUCCGUCGUGUUCCAGAAGGUCGACUGCGAGCUCGCCAAGUCCGACGACAAGUACUGCUAG